CGCAGGUUUGACGUAAGCGCAAGAAGCAUUCUCUUUGAGUAUGUGAGAUAAAUCUGACAUUUGUCGCGCUAAUAAACGUACAUGUGACACGAAGGAAGUGGAAAUCUUCAGUUUUGUGCUUCUGUAUUUAUAACAAACAGAUUUUUAACUUGCUCCUAUUAUGGAGGUAAGUCAUAAAGUGUUUCCGUAGUUUUGUGAAGUUUGCGUAAUCAACAGGUGUCAGGGCGGCGACAAUACAAGAAAUGGCAGAGCUUUUAGGGAAGCUCCGCAGCGCUUGGAAGACAUGGAGGAAACAGCGUAAAGGAAGGCAAGAACGAGUAUCUGAUCCUCAGAAACUUAUCGGCGUUACUGAACAAUCGGACAAAGAACAAAUACGAGCGGCAAGUAUUGAAGAUAUCGAUGCAUGCGCCAACAAGGAUAAUAGUUCCGUGAACGUGAAGUCUACAGUUGACUCUCCUAAUUCAGGGAAGGUAUGCAAUAAUGAAGAGAACAAGAGUGUGAACGAAACUCCGAUUGAAGUGAUCUGUGAGUAUGCAAAUGACGCAGAUAUUGACAUUUACCGUGCUGAAGGCCUGACGGAUAAUGAAUUGCGAACUAUAAUUUGUAGCUUAGCUGAAAAAAUUUGCAGGGAGUUUCCGUCGUAUUACGACUUUUGCAUUAUAGCUGACGAAGAGGACUAUGAUUCAGCGGACGAACUGAAGCAUUACUUGUGCCGCACUUUCGACUUAACAGGAUGUAUGGUUCAUGAUGGCUUUUAUCGUGCGGGUGCAGACAUAUUUUCCUGUUUUGAAUUUAUGAUGUCGAGGAGCAGCAAAGUGCUGUUUUACUUAACAGACAAUUUUAAUGCAAACCAGUUCUAUCGUCGCAUCCAGAGUGGAGCCGUUUUUCAGUCACUGAUGUCCAGCGUUCAAGCCCACCGAGAAAAAUGUGUACCAAUAUUCCCAAAUGGUAUUCCGAACUACAUUCCACUACCCCUCUCAGGUAUAGCAGGUCUGCAUCCAAAAUCGAAAGUAGCGUUGCGACAAAGUAUAAAUACGACAUAUACCUUACCUCUCAGAGAAAAAAGAAAAUGUUUAGAUAGACUGAAUGAUGAAGAACGAAGGUUAGCAUUCCGUGAACAGCUGCGACUUAGUGUGAGUGAUUUCAUUCAAAAAAAAGAAUUACAGAAUUCAACAUCAGAAACACACCAAAUUGAGAAUGCCCAUACAGCAAUUGAUAUACACACCAGUACCAGCAUUUUGCCAGAAGUUUCCUCAAACGUGAAUGCUGGGAAUGAACAGCCCGCAGGUGACACCAUAGCAGAUACCCUUGCUUCCUUGCCGAUGGAUGAUGAAGCGCGGACAUGUAUAAUGCAAGUAGUAUCACAGUCCAGUCCACUACCUGCAACAAAUGUCAGCAUCACAAGUUCCUCAGCAGUGCAUGUGGGAAAUAAAGUUACUGUGAAUUUGACCAUAAAUCCACCAGUGGCACACUCUGGAGGUACCACAGGUGAUGCCAUAAUGAAUGACAGUGAUUCAGACAGUUUUUCUGAAAGUGAAUGAGUCUGAUACAGUGUUCCUGAAGAAGAGAUUAUCCAUUUAUGUUUACAUGCAAACAGUGCAUCUCCUGAUUUUCAAGAUGUGUGUUUAUAAUAACAACAGCAAACGUAAGGGAACAAUGAUAGACAAAGCCUUUCCAUAAGCCAAAACAAGUUGGUAAUAAGAUGUGAAUAUUCAUAAUUCAUUCUAGUGCAUUGGCUUAUUUAUAAGUGUCAAGAGUCAUUAAUUGAGUAAUGUAGACCAUUAUUCCCCUUAUCUCUAUGAAAGUUUUUGUGAAUGAGGCUCUUAUAUUUUGUGAUUUUUUGAUGAGAUACCAUAAAAUUUGAGGUAAAAUGGUGUGGGGUAGAGAUAUUUGGCAGAACAAAAUGUUUUGGCACAAAAAAACAUUUUGGUAUGUGGCUGUGAUGUACAUUUAUCGUAAAUUUGCAGCAGUUUGUGAGCCUGUAACUGAAACGCAUCAACUGUGAAUAGAUCUUGCCAGUUUUUAAAGCCAGUGGAUGUUUUGUAUCAUUUGAAUUUGUAAACUUGUUUUGUGUUAGUCAUUUGUUGUUUUGUAUAAGGUUUCAUACAAGCUUUUUUCGCACUUCCACAUUCACUAUGGGGUUGCAGUGUGUUACAAGAGUGAGUAGUUGAAGAAAAUGACUGCUUUAAGUAUUACCAUAGGCCUAGCCGAUGCACAAGAGAAAGACUCUUAUAUUCAUGCCCAGCAAUUGUUUAAAAUGAUAUUACACCAAUAACACCAUUGUUAGCAUACUCCUCUCACAUUACUCGUUGAUUGGAAAUGCUUCUUCUUGCUCAUUUUGAUGAUUGCUAUUUGGCUCCAUAAAAAGUAUUAUUAUGUACUUAGUGUACUUAGAUGCAUUAUUACCUUGUACAGAUUGAUCAUGAAUUCAGAGUUUCUUAUUAACUCUUGCCUCACUUAGUGGUUUUUUUUUUUUUUUUUUUUUUUUUUUUUUUUUUUUUUUUUUUGCAUGAUGUUUCCUUGAUGUGUUGUGUUAUUCUAGGAAAGAGUGAAUUUUCUUGGCAAUUGGUGUGAAUUCAUAUCAUAGCUUUUUUAAUUAUAUUAAUUUGUUGGAUCCUUCUUUCAUUUUCUGGGUGGUUAAGGCAGGGAACAUAAUGACAUUUUUCUGUAAUGUGUUGCUCAUUAGUUCCCACUACUAUAUAAAUGAUUUAAACUUCAAAAUAAGUUUAUCAGUCUUUUUAUAAAGUAACAAAAAUAGUUUUCGCCAAGGUGACAUGUCUCAAGUUUAAAGUUGUCUUGAGUGCAUGUGCAGGUAUUUGCAUACACCGUUGCACUUAAUAAUAAUUGUAUGGGUCUUUUUCCCUGUCUACAUCAGUCCACAAUGGCAGAGAUGUAUAGAAUCAGAUGUGGAAGUCUUUUUGAGGACACAAUGAACUAGCAUUUUGUGAUUGUGCUGGAACAUUUCAUCAGUGGAUUAUUUUUGAGGAUGAAGACACUGAAGCAGAGUCCGGUCCAUUACAGCAACUGUUGUCAUGUGUUAUAACUUGGUCACACCUUAGUUUCUUACAAACCAUUCUUAGAGCAUUUUGAGCAAUUUCUGAAGGUAACUUGUUCUCUUGAAUCUGUUGAAUAUUAGUAAAUAUUUGCCUCCAGUGACUUGAUAAUCCAAGAGAGCUAAAUAUUAAGGAAAGAGGAGCCUGUAAUAACCAUGCUAGAGUGUAAUAUAAAUGUACUGUUUUGGUUUUUGUCUUCAGGUCAUGUUCAGAUAUCUACAUGCUUUUACCAGUUAACAAAGUAUUGAAUUAUAGUGAAAAUUGAUUGUGACAUGGAUUCUACAUUUCAAGGAAUGUUUAAAAUAAAGUGGUGGCUAUGUCUAAUUAGAGAGAGAAAGUAACAAGACAAUGCUCAGAGGAUACAUUGUACUGAAUACUCCACAAAAAGCAGUAAAUAAUAAAGAAAUUAAGAAAUUUUUCUUUGGUCUGAAGAGGAAAGGGAAGAAGAAGUACCUCUCUGAGUAUGUUCCCGAUGUGAAUGUUCCAGUAGAGCCACCUGACAGUCCCACUCCAGAUGUUCCUGAACCAAAAGCCCCUGAACUUUUAACAUGGCCACAUGAAAAAUUGGAGGUGUUUCUGAAGGAAAUUUUACUUGAGAAAAGUAAAUCAUUGAAUUCAGUGCCAGUGGACCUGCUUCCUCGAUAUAUAAAUGAAGCGGUCAAUGAAACCCAUCCAUUUUCCAUUCCUGAACAGUACGACUAUUGUAUAGUUUGUGUACAUGAUGAUUAUGAUGAAGCUGCCUCUCUUAAGAAGGAGUUGUAUGAUAAACAUAAGCUAGUGGGUCAUGUGAUAUGGGACUCUGCUGGGUUAGGAAUGGAUCAGUUUUUUGCUUUUGAGGACUGCAAACUGAGAAGUACAAAAAUCUUAUUUUAUGUAAGUGAGAAGUUUAUAUCAGAUGAGUUUUGUUGUCAUUUAGUAAGGGAUACAGUUCUUUGUCCAAAAAGCAUUGGUGAAAUGAAAGCUGUUCCUGUUCUCAAGACGAAUAAUGUUAAGAUGCCAGAAUCAUUGGAACUAGUGGACAGACUUACACUAGAUAAUAUAAAACAGUUUGAUUUUAGGUUGCCGUGCAUCUUCACCACACUAGUUAGGCAAGAGAAGAUGAAACGCACAUAUGCGCAGCAAAUGGAAAUUGAUACCAUUAGACAACGUUAUGUGAUAGACUUCAUUGAAGACAGAUUGAAAGGUUGUGAGUAGUGAUGACAGAUUUACAAUCAUGUGGAUGUGAUUUUCAAUUAUACCAGUGAGUUUUGCAUUUACAGCAUAUUAAUUUCUUGUGUUCUUUUGAUACGUUGUAUAAGAAAAAUGUGUUAAAACAUAAGCCUGGUGGUAUUUUGUAGUAAAAUAAAAUGUACAGCAUGAAAUAGUUAAA